AUGGUCGGCGCUAGCCUCUACGGGAGCUUCAGGAAGGCUCCCUCUUCCGAAGCGAAGGAUGGGCCUCACUUGGCUUUCAUCCAGAGCUUCGAGCAGGGCGACUUGUGGCACUUCCUGGGCUUGGUCCAGGAGUCGCUGCGCGGAAACUCCCUGGACGCCGUGAGCGCCAGCACCGCGCUGCACCGCCUCGCACGGUUCUGGGCCGAGAGCCGCGAGGCUUCGGCGCCUUCGGCGGGGAAGAGUUUGGAGGUGCUGGUGCUGUUGAGCCACCGCCUCGCAGACAUCUUCAGGUACACUGAGGGCCCAGACCUGCAGCCGCGUCAUCUGGCCAUCACCGCCUGGGCCUUCGCCACGCUGCUGCGCUGCCGAGACCUCCCGCUGAAAUCCUCGGAGCUGGGCGGGCUCUUCCGGCCCCUGGCGGAGGCGGCGGUGGUGCGGAUGCCCGGCUUCGACGCGCGGUCUCUGGGGAAUCUGCUCUGGGGCUGCGCCGCCGCGCGCCACGUGAGCCGCCGCCUCUUCUUCCGCGCGGCGCGCCGGGCCGUGGAGCUGCUCCGGCAGCGGGAGCUGCAGGGCCAGAACCUGAGCAACGUGGUCUGGUCCUUCUCCCAGGCGCGCCUGCCGAACCACGCGCUCUUUGAGGAGGUGGCGAAACAUCCGGAGGUCCUCGUGCAGGGAUCGCCCCAGCACGUGACCAACAUCUUGUGGGCCUUUUCAAGGAUCCACGGGAAGAUCGGGAUGUUCCGGGAAUUCUUCGAUGCAGGCGCGGCGGUUGCCACACCGCUUUUGCCACAGUUCAAGACGCAGGAGCUGGCGAAUCUGCUGUGGUCCUUCGCCAAUCAGACCAUGUACCACGAGGGCCUCUUUGCUGCGGUGGCGUCCCAUUCCCGGGGCUGUUUGGCGGAGUUUGAAAACUUCGAUCUCUCGCAGCUGCUGUGGUCCUUCGCCAAGGUCUGGUGGAGGGACGAGGAGCUUUUGAAAGAGGCCGCCCACGACAUGCUCUGUGGGCGGAAGAAGCGCCUGGAGAAGAUGUGCGCCCAAGACCUGGGCUGCGUGCUGUGGGCCUUCGCUAUGCUCCGGUGGCCGGACGGCGCUCUCUUCGAGGCGCUGGCGGCGGCGGCGCGGCGGCACCUGGCCACGCUGAAGCCGCUGGACGUGGGCAACGUGGCCUGGGCGCUCGCGGUGUCCAAGCAGAUGGACACCGCGACGGCCCGGCUCAUUGCGGACCAUGCGCUUUCAGCUGGCUUCAACACUGCUGAUGGCUGGGUUCACGUGCUCUCCGGCUUGGAGGCGCCAUUGCGAGGGGACCCUCGCUGGGCGCAGCUGGAGGCCCGCUUCGAGGCGAUGAUCUUCGGGCCUUUGUGCGAGCGCCUGAAGCGCCUGGCCACCUUGGCGGAAGGGAAGGAGCAGAUGGCGACAGCCCGCCAGGAGUUGGCGUUGCUGGAAGCCUGGGUCGGGGACCAACAGUUGGAGCACCUGGGCCCGGACUACACGCAGCGCCUGGCCCGCUGCUGCGGGCUCUGGUCCGACUCUCAGGGCGCCUGGGAAGCGGCGCGCGGGGCGUUUGCGGCGGCGGAGCCGGAGGGCAAACGCGUGGGCCUGCACCAGUCGAAGGUGGUGGCGUGGCUGGCAUACUCCCUUCGCUUGGAGGGGGAUGGGCCAGAGGUGGCUACAACAUCAGAGUCUGGCCAGCUCAUCACCUACGGUCGGGCAGAGCGCGAGUUCUGUCCUCAUUGGCAGGCGGCGGAGAGGCUUUUGCUCCCUUUGUCCACGACGUCGCACAGCCGUGGUGGCCACGCGGAGCGCGUUGCCAUGCUCCAGGUGUUCUCUGCGGCGUUGAAGUGUGCCGAGCAGCUGCGGACCGGUGACGACUUGGAGCUGCUGGGGGAGAUCCGGCUCUUCGUCUCCCACUGGCCCUGCGUCUCCUGCCUCACGGUGCUGUGUCAGGUCCGAGCGCUCGCUCCCCAGGUUCAGCUCCACGUCUGCUGGGAGGGCUACACAGCGCACACAGAGCCUCACGCUACGCUCGACCAUCGAGAUCGUGCCAGCUGUGCAAAGGCAUACAAGCACCUAAGGCAAAGCGUUGAGGACGGCAUCCAGUACCUCUUGCACGCGAGGAAGGAGGACCCCUUCGAGGAGAUGGCAGCGCGGUAUGCCCUGGAGCAGGCCACGGGCGUGUCCGCGCCCAGCUUCAGCCUGAGCAAGCAGGCACGUUUGGGAGAUGGCAGGGCCGCGGUGGUGGUUGAGCAAAACUUGGUGAGCCAGCUUAGUGCCGAGCAGCUGCAAGCCUUGUUCGCCUUCCAAGUGGGCCAGCUACUCAACACGCGGGCGAAGGGCGCAAGGCUCUUCUCCGCGUUGGGCUGCACCUACUUUGGGGGCCAGCUCAUUCGCCGAAGAGCGGAGCUGGGGGCAGAGGGAAAGGAUUUUCUGGUGGUCUCGGGCCUGUGGCGGAAGCGCGACAUCCUGCCGGUUUUGCACAAGCACAAGCGCCCAGAUCACAGGGCCUCGAAGCGCACGCUGCUGGACCUGGUGCCUUUGCUGCUGAGCCAGGGCCCUCUCGUCCUCCAACAUCAGCUGGCCAUGGUUCCCCUACGUAUGGCGGUGGCAGCGGGUGGCAGUACGUCAGCAGCGUCCCAAGCCUUGAACGAAGCGGGCAGCAAGGAUUUUGAUCGGCGCAGCUUGGAGCUGUACAGGUGGGCAGAUGGCCGGGCCGGCCGCAGGCUGCUUCAACACAGCCGGUCCUGCCUGGCCCAGUCGCCAGCGCCGGAAUUCUCCUGGAUGGCUUCUGUUAUGGCCUUAGCGCUGAGGAGCUGCAUGGCGCUGUUGGCCAGCUGGGGCGCCAUCUGCGCCUUGCGCCUGGGCCCACAACUGGCCAGCACAACCAUCGGCAUUUCCUUGACGGCAGCUGCAGUGGUGUGCUUUGCUCGCACCAUGCCGCAGAGCAGGGAGGUGGGCGCGAGCUUUUGCGUGGCUGCUGCCUGCUACCUUGCAGCCGUGAUCCUGUCCUGCUCCCACUGCUCGCGGCACCACUUGGCCCCGCGCCGGGCUGCCGUGGAAUCCUUGGUGCAGGAGGUCCUGCCACGGGCCACGGAAGCGGCCGCCGGGGUGUCGCUGUUGGCCCGCGCCGCCGCCACGGCGAGGCAGAUCCCCUUAGGUCAGCUGGACACCGAGGUCAGGAGCAGAUGGGCCUCGGCCCUCCGCGGCUUGGCCGCCAAGCUGGCGGACCUGCGGCGCCUGGCUGGGGCGUCCCAAGGCACGUUCGAAAGAGGGGUCAGUGGACCAAAUGCAGCACGGGGCUGGCAGCUCUGCUCCAAGCUGGAGCUGGAAAUCCGGCGUGUGCUCGUGGGGGAGACGCUUUGGAUGCGUCGCGCCUUGGAGAUGGAGCAAGAUGUGACCUUGGAACGCGCCCUACUGUGGUGGCUCCACGACGAUGGGGAUGGUGGCUGCAGCGGCUCCCCGCGCCUCGCAGUGGCGGCCAAGCAGGUAGACGAGUGGGUCAACACCCAUACACUGGAGAAGUUGAAGACGCCAACUCUCAGUGCGUCACUGGGCAGAGAGGAGCUGCUUCGGCAAGCUCCGCCUCAGGAUUUAGCCUUCUUGCAAGAAGCGGCCGCAGUGAUGGAGGACCAGCACCAGCAACUGGACAAGCUGCUCUCAGACUUGCGGCAAGCCACCCACACGCCUGAAGACCGGACGCGCUGCAAAGUCUUGCACGCGCUGCGCUGUGUUUGGCAGGCGGGGGCUUCUUUGCGCGACAUCGAGGCUGCUGCGGCGGAGUUUUUGAAGUCCGGGGACAUCUUCGACUUCACUCCAAGCUGGGGCCACCCGCGCGGCGCCACAUCUGUACCUGCUGAUGUUACGGAAGCUUCGACGAAGAGCGCAGACCUGUGUUGGUCCCUGCAAGCCGCUGCAGUGAUGUCCGGCUUCUUCUCGGUGAUGGUCUCCUUGAUUUUCGCCGUGCUGGCGGGCUUCAGCCUGUGGCCGGAGGUGGUGGCGUUUGCCUUCAUGUCCACUGUGCUUCUUUGGCACCACUGGAGCUUGCGCUUGCCCAGCAACUGGGCCCUGCUAGAGCAGUCCCUCUCCACCAUGUCGGCAAGGUGUGGUCAAAUGGCAGUGCGGCUCACUGGGAAGGACAAAGACUAUCCAGAGCGUUUGGCGCAUUUGAAGGCGCUGGUACUUCUUCAAGGAAUUCAGACUGCCCAGAACCUGGACUACCUGGCACUUUGCGUGCAGGCAGAGGCGUUAAAGAACGCCAAGGCGAAGUGUGACACGCAGGUGCAGCGGCCGGUUCCUCCGCUGGGCCGUGGGUGGCGCAUUAGCCCGGCAUCGCCGAGCUCAUCCAUCUCAGACCGCCCUGAGGAGUUCACUUGUCAUUGUGCGCAGCUUCUGCUGGCCGUGCUGCCGCGACAGGGCCGGCAGGGGCAACGCUUGGCAUCCACAGACGUCGACGUCUACAGCGGCAUGGAGUGGUUUGACCAGCUGAGCCGCAGCAAGGAAUUCCGUCGUCGGUCACGCUGGGUGCAGAGCGCGGCGUGGGACACUCCAGACGGCACGCAGAGACGGCUACAGUCGCUGCAGGCAUCAUUGGCAACAAGCCAGAGAAGCUUAUGGAUGAUGUACCGGCUGUGCGAUGUCCGCUCCGUGGCGAAGCCGCUGCCAUGCCAGGGCGCGCUGGCGGCGCUGAUGCUAUCCCAGCUUGGGCCCAUCGUGCUGGAGAAUCGGCUGCACUUCCCGCAGGGUGCGCUGACCACCAGCAUGCUCGGCAGGCCGAACCAAGACUUCAGCAUGCCACAGGGCAGUGCUAGACCCCAAGGGUCCCAAGGAAGCUUUGCGGGUAGCACUGCCAGUGCGAGCAGUGAUGAGUACAACCGCAUCCUGGGGGACUUGGACUCCACUUCCGUCAGCAACGAUGGCAGCCUGGAGUCGGACUCGCAAGCCAGUGGCACGGGGCGGAUCCUGCAGCCGUCGGAUGAUGGCCAGAGCUCCACUGGUUCAGGUCCUCCUUUGCGGGCGCUGGCUGACCUGGACAUGGAGUCCGAGACCUCCAGUGUGGCCAGC